AUGAGCUCUUACUUUGUAAACUCGUUCUCAGGGCGCUACCCAAAUGGUUCCGACUAUCAGCUGCUAAAUUAUGGGACUAACGGCGCGGUGAGCGGCUCCUUCAGAGACCCCGGCACCAUGCACUCCGGGUCUUUCGGCUACAACUACAAUGGCAUGGACCUAACCGUGAACCGCAGCAACGCAGGCUUCGUGAGGGAGGAUGCAGCCCGCGGGUUCGGAGCGGACGCCCGUUACAGACAGACGCCCAACUGCUCGCUCGCAAGUCCGGAGUCAGUGCCGCCGUCGUGCGCCACCGCCAACCGAGAACCGCUGGAGCUGAAGAGCCAGUCUCCCCCGUCUGACCGGGGCACGACCUCCGGUAGUGGAAGUCUCAACAAAAGCGGCCACUUCACGGAGAUAGACGAGGGAUCCGCUGUCGCUUCGGAGAGCGAGGAGGGAGCGCACAGCAGCGGGGCGACCAGUACAGGGACCCGGGCGCAAGCACAGGAGUCGAGCGCCACGUCCUCCACUCCGACAUCAGAUUGCCAAGCGCCACAGAUAUUCCCUUGGAUGCGGAAACUGCACAUAAGCCAUGAUAUGACCGGACCUGAUGGGAAAAGGGCCCGAACUGCGUACACCCGGUACCAGACGCUAGAGCUGGAGAAAGAGUUUCACUUCAAUAGGUACCUAACCAGACGACGGAGGAUAGAGAUAGCCCACGCCCUGUGUCUCUCCGAAAGACAGAUCAAAAUCUGGUUUCAGAACCGCAGGAUGAAAUGGAAGAAGGACAAUAAACUGAAAAGCAUGAGUCUGGUCACGGGGGGCAGCGCCUUCCACAACUGAUUUCUGUUCAAAAACAAAACAAAAAAAGCAAAACAAACAAACAAAAAAAAUAACAAUAAUCCAUGAGUACUGUAAAGCUACAAGCGCAGCACCUUCCAGCAUGCCAUUGUGAUAGAAAAGAACUGGAGAGAAAAAAAAAUGCCAUUUUUAGUGAUAGUUUAGAUGUACUUGGAAGAUGUAAAUAUCAUCGUAAUUGUCUCUUUAUUGUUGUUGACGGUC